AACUGUGCAUGAAAGUAAACAUUGUCCUGUUUGAACAUUGACCAAAGUAGGUGCAUUACCAAAGUACACAGCUACUGUGUUAACAGAGACCUGUCCUCGUGUCUGGUCCAGUCAGCAUGGAGCUGUCACCACCCCCCCCAGGUCUAGAGGAAGAAUAUAAGUCACUUUUCAGCACACGCUCCCUCCUUUUCCUCCAGGAGCUGAUAUCCACAUUUGAUGAGGAGGUGGAUCAGGUCCUGCAGUUACGGAUUUCCAGAAAGGCCCAUUUAGACCUCACAGCUGACCUGCCAAGUUUUCUGGAAAGUACGACACAUAUCCGGAGGGAUCCACUCUGGAGGGUGCUCCCUGUUCCCCCGAGGCUCCAGAGAAGACAUGUGGACAUUGGGGACCUGGCUCCCUGUGACACCCAGCGCUUUGUUAAAGCCCUGCAGUCAUCAGCACAAGGCCUACAGGUUGACUUUGAUGAUGGGAACUGCCCUACAUAUUACAAUCAGAUCAAAGGCCUUCAUAAUGUUUUUAAGGCAGUUCACAACCAGUUCCCCAAUCUUCCUCACAUAUCUCAUGCUCCAGUGCUGAUGCUUCGCCCUCGUGCCUGGAACAUGGUGGAGCACAACUUGAUGGUGGCAGGGAAGGAGGCUCCGGGUCCUCUCUUUGACUUUGGACUCCUCAUGUUUCACUGUGGGAAGACGCUUUUUGAAAACAAGAGUGGACCCUUUUUCUACCUCUCCAAAGUGGAGAGCUUCAUGGAGGCCAGACUAUGGAACAACAUAUUUGUCUGGACACAACACAAGUUGGGCCUUCCACUGGGCAGCAUCAAGGCAACAGUGCUAAUUGAAAAUAUAUUAGCAGCAUUUGAGAUGGAGGAGAUUCUCUACGAGCUGCGAGACCAUUCAGCAGGACUCAACUGUGGCAUCUGGGAUUAUUCAGCUUCUUUUGUCAAUAAAUUUGGUCACAGGCAGGAUUUCCUUUUGCCCGACCGGAGUAAAUAUGUAAAUAUGGAGAAGCGUUUUCUGCGCAGUUACAUGGACCUGUUGGUUCAGACGUGUCAUCGGAGGGGAGCGCUGGCCACAGGAGGCAUGGCAGCCCUGCUGCUACCUCCGGACCCGCUCAGUGACCCCCACAGCACAGUGUUGGCCACUGUCACCAGAUUGAAGUUGCUGGAGAUCAAGGCGGGUGUGGACGGUUUUAUGGUGUAUGACCUGAGUUUGAUCGAGCCAAUGCAGAAACUCUUCAAGCUCCACACUGAAGGUGAUAACCAGCUUCAUCAGCUUCGACAUGAUGUUACUGUGACACCUGAGGACCUGCUGUCCAUGCCUUUGGGAGGAGUCACCCUUUACGGUUUGAAGUAUAACAUUGCAGUUGGUGUCCUCUUUGUUAAUGCUUGGCUAUCAGGUAAAGGUCACUUUUUCUACAGAGGCCAGGUCGAAGAUUCGGCCACAGCAGAGAUUUCCAGAUCACAGGUGUGGCAGUGGAUCCGUCAUCAGACUCAGCUGGAAGACGACAGCAGGGUGGUGAGCAGGCGGCUGGUGACUGAGCUCAUCAUGGAGCUUACAAUGGAGCUCAAAGCUCUCUGUCACUCUGUUAGGGCUGAACAGAGGUUACACACAGCAGCAGACAUGUUCCUGGAAGUGGUCCUAAAGAGAGAUUUCCCAGAGUUCAUCACCACCUACUUAAUUCAGGACCACACCUUUCUCAGCUCCCAGCACACCGAACAGAUGGAGACUCAGAACACAGAUUUGCCCCAAGCCAAACUGUGAGCGUCCUCUGCCCAACAAGAAGAUCACACUUUGAGAACAUCCAAUGCGGCUUUUAGAGAUUGCAAUAGACGUUUUAAUUGAUGUUUCUAAUUGAUUGUUUGAAUAGAUUGUAAUCUAUUUCAUAGACAGUUAAUCAGUCAGUUACAAAACGUGUUAAUUUUGGCAGUCCCUAUGGACAAAAACGGUAGUGUUCAUGGGCACCACAGUCAGCUGUGCCUCCCUUCCCUCCAGCGGGUCCUGGCCUCUGCCCCUUCCAACCUCCGAUCAAUGUCUGAUGAGCAGCACCCUGAAAAUCCAGAAAUAUUUGCCGACCACAUUAACUUUGGAUUUAGCAGAGUACAGUUGUUUAAUGACCAAUGUAAUGCAUGAUCUUCAUCAGAGGAAGUUCCUUAUAUUAAACUGAGGAUCAGUGCAUCUGGACUGUGACAGAGGAAAAGACACUAACACACACUUUCACUGACAAGCUGUUUUUUUAAAACAAUUUGGUAAGGAGGUUUACUUUUCAUUUGUGAGUGUUAAAAGUAACAUUGGAAAAUGCCGGUUACAUAAACAACAUUUUUUAUUAAGCACUUUGCUUUAGAGCCAACUGUGAUCUUUUCCUAAACCUAAUCAAGUUAACCUAUGAACUAAACUUAAACUGUGUUGUAAAUUUAAUUUGAAAAGAGUCUGGCUGCAAUAAAGGCUACAAAUCUGAA